AAGGAGAAAGAGCGAGGCCACGGUAAAAUUGGAGGAUAUCAUCGGUAUUUAGGGCAACGGCGCGGAGAAAGGUUUUCCGUGUGCUCGAAUCGAAUCGACUCGACUCGAUGAUGAUGCAACGUUGCUUUACCGUGGAUGACAGUCACGUUUCUCGAAAACGAGGAUUGCGACACACCGACCGGUCGAAAUUCGACUCGAUAUCGAUUCGAUUUAUAACGACGAAUCUACAAAUCUACGUUUACAAGGAUCUCGAAUUUUCGAUAAGUCGAACGCGAAAUGUCUUUCCCAUCCCAAUCCGAGAAUCCAAGCGGCGAGGAAAACACGGCACGGUUACGUACCUCGAGGAAUGCACCUGUUAAAAGUCGUUGGCGAAUUAUUCGGAUCGCUGACAUCGCGACAUAUGGUUGGCAUAUGCUUCGAAUUUACGAGUCGUUGCGGCCCAACUACUACGCCUUCUUCUCCGCCCGGCAAUUUCCAUUAAUAAAUAAUCGACACGUAAAAAUUUUCGACUCGAGCGUUGGACGAAUGCGCAUUCGUUCUUCGCACGGAGAGUUGGCAAUUUUAUUCGACGGUCGACGUUCCUAACGAUCCCUGCGCUUCUAAGAAAAGCGUCGUACAUGUAUAUAUUUUGCGCGGCUCGUGUAGCGAAGUUUGAAAACGACUCGCGACACGACGACAGGCCUCGAUCCGUUCUCGGUUUAACAUCGGUAUUUAUAGCUCCCUCUCUUUCUCUCUCUCUUUCUUUUCCGUCCGGGAUGCCUCCGUUCCUUGGCUGCAAUUUUUUCCCCCUUUCGACUUUUGUUUAAAUAGAGACGCGACGUCGAAGGUUGCAUUCCGCAUUUUAUAUCGAGACGCGGCGCGAAAGAAUGGAAAGCGACGAAGGGAACGGACACUGUUCGGAUGCCGGUCGGAUUCGAGGCGACACACGGGGGGAGGGGAAGCGGAAAGGCACGUUUAUCCGGGUGAAAAAUCGGCGACGGGCGAGAGGGAAGGGAGAGACGUCGGGCCUCGUUCCGAAUUAAUAUUUUCGUUCACGCGACGAACAUGCGACGCGGUCGUGGAACGAUGCGCGUGCGUAGCGUGUAGCGUUCGUUCCGUAAUUGCAUCGGAUCACGUGCAACGCGCACGUUCGAAUCCGUGGCGUGGUGUCUGGGUGGAACGCCGCUUUUGGCAGUCGCCGCUGCCCUCCGAUUAUUGGUAGAACGUGGCGCGGUUAUUAGUCGCGUCGAGGCGGCGAGAUCGUUCGAGCCGGGUUGCACAAUUGCUUUUGCCUGCGUCGCGUCGAACGCGUCCUUCCAACCACGCACGAGUGACUCGGAUUCACGUGUCGCCGCCGCUUUCGAGAAACCGACCGCGCGUUCUCCAUCUUUGUCGCGUAUCGCUUAUCGAACUCGCGCGCCAACUCGAGGAUAAGAUUUCUGAAGGUAGCGAUACGAGGAUCCGAGAUACACGGGGCAGCGAACGAUGGAGGAAAGCCAGGAGGGAACGCUCGUUUUCGCGGAAUCGAUGGCGCACCUCGCGAUGAAAGGGAAAAGAAGAAACGUGCCGUCUCUCUCGAUCGAUCCUAUCGUUUUUACGUAAAUCCACGAUGAUUCGAUCGGAUAUGCGCGAUAACGACCCGUUAUAAUCGUUGGAAACAACGCGAUUACCGAAUCGAAUACAACGAUUAGCCAACUGUAGCAAUAAUCGAGACCUCGUCUAUUUUUACAAAUUUGCUCGUAACGACCAUGCCGUUUCGUCAUCGACGUUCGUUUCACGUUAACCAUUCGAAAUUAUCUCACUUAUCCCGAUUAUUAACCCGAGGAAAGAUUCCGUCCGAACACGACUCGAUUCCUCGAGUUUAAUGAACAUUCUCCCUUCUCUUAUCGGAGAAAGUAGAAGUAAAAGGAAAAAAAAAAAAAUGGACGGAUAAUAUCUAUUGCCAAAACGUGGAAGAUUUAUAUUUAUAUAUUUAUAUAAACCGCUUUUUGUAGAAUCUAGUAUCUAUUCGGAAUCGGGAGGGAAUAAAUUUCUCUUUUCCACGAUUUCGCAAUUUUUUUUUUUUUUCUUUUAACGAUCGCAGAGCGAGACGAGGCUUCUUCUCGCGAUCGCGUUGACCGAACUCGAGGACGGAUCGCGCGGAUUCGGCUUGCAAAUGAAUGGCAGCAGUUUACCGAUUCAUUGGGGAGGGGGGGAAGGAGAAAUGGCCGCUUUCGGUUUUCACGCGCGCUUCGACCAAUCGAUUCUGAAAAGUUGGGAAUUUCAAGUGGGCCGCUUUCAUCGGUACGCCCGUUUUAUGUUAAUGCGUCGGUUACAUUAGAAUUUCAAGAGCGGCGGAAGGAUUCGGUGACCCCUUUGAUUUUCACGCGCGAUAACUUUCCAAUUUCUCGUCCCGUCCACCCAUUCCGUUCGAUCCAACUUGCGCGCCACUGGUCGAAUCCCGCUUCGAUCGUAAUUAAAUUUCCCUGAAAAUCGAACGAUCGAUUGCGAAAGCGCGGAUACGGUUAACGAUAACGCGUGCUCGCGCUUAUUUUAGCGGAGAGAACUUAAAAAUAAUUUAUUUCGCGUCCGUGCUCGAGCAAGCGUCGAAGUCUUUCCUAUCCUUGACUCGAUUCUAUGGAUCGACGCAGAAUCGUCUCUCUGUAUCUUCGAAAUCGUCGCGAUUGCCAAUUCGGGUUGUCACGCCGAAUCUCGGGUAAAAAUCCCCGACUCUUUCUAUCCUCGCUUACGCAACCAAUUUCGUUUUCAGUCACGUUUUCCGAUUACGUAAUCUCGAUCAAUUUCUCGCCAAUUGAUCGUUCAAAACAUCGACGGACACCCGCGAAAUCCGUCGUUUCGAGAAAACGGUAUCUUCUCUCUUUGUCAUGUAUUAUAACGGUAUCCUCUCUUUAUUCCCGCGACGAGAUAUCACGAGAAUUGUCCGGAUUAAAAGAAAAAUUAUGGAACGAAACAUUGAUCGACUUGGAGGGAAUAAUGCGAUUUUUUCCGAGUCUCGAAUCGAAACCGUUAAAUAAUUUGUAAGAAUGUGUUUGCUUUAUAAAGUAUAUGGAUAUUUGUAAUUUGCGAGAUCGAAUAUCGAAUGUUAUGGUAAUUUUGACUUUUUUAUCUUGCUGUUUUUAUGUUCGUUAUUAUUAUACGAAAAUAUUUUCUAAAAUUAGAGAAUUUAAAAACGUAAAAAUAUGCGCAUCUUUUUUUUUAAAAAUAUUUCCUAAAAAAUUGAAAAAAAAGAAGAAAGAAAAAAAUGGUAACGCAAAUAUAACUUGGAGAAGAUCAUCCAAUAAAAUUUAUCGUUCUUAUCGUCAAGUGCAAGAAUAUUCGAUAUUUUUCUUUUACGAAUUCUUGGGAAUAUUAUCGUUUAUAUCUCGUGUUUUUUAUUUUAAUCGGAUUGAUUAACAUCUCGAGCAAUCGAGAUUGUAAUAAAAAACAUGGUGAUUAUUAUUACGUUGCGGAUAUAAAGAUACGUAGAUAUUUUUAUUCGAAAAUUCGUAUAUACGAUUUUCGAUACAUUUUUACUUUUUAAUCAUCCAAAAUAUUAAAUACGAGUCGAAUAACCAUUGAUUUGUUUAUUACACAUUUUCGAAGCCAUGGACAUAUUUACCAAACACAAGAUAUUCGAGUAUGAUACGAAAGAUAAGGUACUAAUGGAUAAGUUAUUUUCCAUUUUUCGAUGUUUUUUUUUUUUAUCGAGAAUUGUAAUUUUCCAUAAUAGUUCCUUAUCUAGUAGUAGAUUUUUUAAUGUUGAAAAUACAAUAACAAUUAUAAUAGAAUCGAAAAUUGAAGAAGUAUUAUUGAAUAAAAAUUAAAAAGAAAUCUCUCUUCUUUGUCCUUUGUUCUUCGUAUUUCGUCGUAUAAAAAUGUCAAUUAUUGAUCGAAUUUGAAAUUAUCUUAUCUCUCGUUGCAAUUAUCAGAAAAUCUAAUAUUAUAUACGAUUGAAUUCAAGAAAUCAGGAAUGUAUAAAUAUAAGCUACGUAACGAUAAUCGUGAGCGAAACUCGAAUACGUCGAGUAUUUCUACGAAAUUUCGUUCACGCGCGAUUCUCUUCGCUCCUUAUUCUCCUACGCACGACGUGUCACGGAUGUGCUCGAUGGCACGAACGUGAUUUUCACACCAUCCCAACGAUUCAUGCGGGGAAAUACCUGACUGAAUUCUCGGUCAUGGCUCCGGCAAUGAGUCAGGGUCUCGAUACAGCUUCUACGUCAUCGGAUGUUACUGCAGACCAAUAACGAUCUCUAAACGCGUAUCGUGCACGCAACAUGCUUCAACAUUGCUGUGUUUUUUUUUAUAAGAGAAAUAUAUAAUAUCUCGAACGGUUUGCAUACUAUUAACAUAUUAAAUGUUUACCACGAAUAUUUUUUUCUUUCUUUUUUUUUCAUUGAUGCAUAUUUUUUCGGAAAUAAAUAUUUCCUUUUUUCUAUAAAGAAUCUGAGUUUUUGUGCCGUCUGGAAUACCGGCAUUCUUUUGUGCAUAAAAAAUCAAUAUUUGAUCAAUAUAUUAAAUUUCAUUUUUUUCUUUUUUUCUUUUUUUUUUCGCUUUUACUUUUUAUCUCUUAAAUCGCUCGUCAUUGAUCGAUAACGAUGAACGAUUGAAAAUAUGUAAUUGUUAAAAACUUGGAAAGCACGAGGAUGUGAUUUUUGGCACAGUUUUGCCGACGCAUUGGGAACACUUGGGCUUUUAAAGCUUUUUAAAGCUCGUAAAAUCGAUUAGCUGUUAAUAAUUUACACGUUCGAAGACUAAAACGUGUAACUUGAGACGUUUCACGAAAGAUAAAGCCAGUCCAAUCUAAUUUAAAACCUGUACAAUGUCAACUCAAAACUAUUUUUUUUUUUUUUACUUAUAAUUACUUAUGUUUCUUUUGAGUAGAUAUACGUGUCGAUUAAGAUUCGACAUAUACUUAAAUACGUAACGAAUAUAUUUAUUAUUUUCAGCGCGUAUGAUAACUUGGAAAGUUAGAGAGAAAUAAUCAAAGAUUAAUCGUGAUUUAAUCGAUAUACCAUUAUAGUUAAUAGUAUCGUUUAAUAAUUACAUUUUUUUUCUCCUUACAUUCUGUUUUCCACGUGGAGAAACGUGGAGCGUUCUUCCUUUAGUAAUUUUCCCGUUUUGUCGUUCGAUUUACACGCGAUAGCCGAAAUAAUUCGAGUCACGCGCCGUUCGUAGCUUUCGAAAUUCCGCGGAGUAAAUACGUAUACGUACACGUGUACGUUUGAUUCGUUGUGUUUCAAACGAAAUCAACCUGUGGUGGUAUACGAAGUACGCGAAGCUAUAUAUUCGUUUUUCGAUCGUAUUUUAAUAUAACGGUGAGAGUUUAUUCGAGAAAUCAUUGAAAUGGAAUAAAAAAUGGGUGAAAAAUGGUUGUGUUAGACGCACACAGGGGAAACGCUUAUGAAACGAUGAUUAUCGAUGACCCAAAUAGUAAUUGCAAUGGCAUAGAAACGAUGUACACCAAGCUAUCCCUGUUCCGUAAGAGCACCGACCUCCCUCGCCGUGUCCAAGUUAUAAUCGUGACACAGAAUUGCCAAUAAUACACAAUGCUCGUACACCGCUGAUAAAAAAAUCAUCAUCAAUGUUUCCAAGUAUUCCAGUUUCGCUGUUCUCCAAGUUUGAAAUAUCCUUUCCUUCUGGUUCGUGUUUGAUCAAGGAAAGUAUAAAUUAAGCGAAUUUGACAACGCGUUUGAUCUAAAAAACUUUACGUUCGAAUCGUUUGCUCGAGUUGUGUUAAAUUUCUAACAUCGAACGAUAAGUUAUUUCUAAAGAUAAAAUAGCACGAUUGAAUAAAACGAUCGUACGAUGCUCGUUGUACGGGGAUAUACACAUCUAUAUGUAUCUAUCUGUAUGUAUAUAAUAGUUAGAGGCCGAGUUACAUUCGACUAUAUAAGCGAGAUCACCGCAAAAUAACCUUACGUAUCGUGUAAUUUCAUAACUGUGCUUUAAAAAUAGUCAACUGAAUUAAAAAAAAGAAAAAAAAAAUCGUGAAAUUACAAUUAUAAAUUGUUACAAACGAAUUUCCCUUUGAAGUUGAAUGGAAUAAAAUCUUUGUACGAUUUAAUUUAAAUAUAGAAAGAUACAUAUUAUCUCUUCUCUCGAUUCGUCAUUAGCACGUGUCGUGCGUUGCAUGUUCAUUGAUUUGUCCGGCACGUGAUGCCAUCUAGUCACCGACUAGUUGAAUUUCCCAUUAUUUUAAUCGAAUUUAUCUAUAUGUGUAUAUUCCGAAGAGGAACGAUGAAAGUAAAAUUAUAAACACGAAUAAUUUUUUUCCGUGUUUAUUAUCGCUUUUAACGUAUAAGUCAUAAACGUUUAAAUAAAAAAAUUAUUACUUUAUGAAAGAUUAUUUUUUUAUAUUCUAUCUUCUAUUCGUUUAUUUUAAUCGUCAAAUAAAUAAUCACAUUUUCGUCAUUUCGAUCGUACACAAAUACAUACGUAGAAACACACGCUAACGAUUCAUUCAUGGAUUAGUUGUUUAUUUUAAUAAUCGUUAUUUUAUAUACGUAUAGUGUGUGUAUAUAUAUAUAUAGUGUUUAAAACGCUAUGUAACCACGACGUUACAUCGCUGAUCACGUUACGGAACGUCGUUUCGUAUUUUUGCCUCCCUCCCUCUGUUAUUCCUUAUCGAGAUACAAAAGGAGGAAUUCGUAUUCUCUUGUCACGUGUUUCAUUGGAGCAAACGAAGCGUCACGAGGACUCGAAGUAAACGUAACGAUUAUUAUGAGCUUUCUGCGAAUGAGAUACAAGUGCGUCGUUAUGGAAUAUCGUUUUGGACUUCGCGCGAUGCCAUUAACAAAGUCGAUAACAGAGCUUUCUCGAUAACCGAUCGGAGGUUAAUCGUAUUAUGGACCGGUACGAUGCUGAUUCGAUUCUGGAAAAUAAUUAGUUUGGACUUUAAUACAAACGCUAAUAUACUCUUUUUUUUUCUUUUCUUUUCGUGAAGUCGUGGUUCUUUUUUUUCUUUUCUUUUUUAACGUUUAAAUUGAAUAUAUAAAGAAAUAUAUAAUCGUGAUAUCAUGAUUCGAAAAAAUCUCAUUUUUUAAGUCGGAUGAUAAGUUGAGUGAUACGAUUAAGUAUGUACUUACACUUAUCAUUUCCUUUUCUUCUUUCUUAUUUUCUUUCCUUUCUUCGCGAAACAUCAUUACGCCUUGAUAGAAAUAAUACGUGAUCAUCGGUUGCGUCAGGAUUGCUAAAAACAGCACGUGUCCAUUCACACAAGGCGUUAUUCGUAAUCAACCUCGGUCACAUGUUUGUUCUUGUAAAUGCAUUUUUCGCAGUCAACGUGAUCGUUUGUCCACUAGUAAGAUAUUAGAUAGGUGGUAUUCUAGAAUUAGACGACUUAUGCGAAAAGGGAUACUUGCUAGUGUCCCUAAAACGGCGAAUAAAUAAAUAAAAUUUCUGCGAGAAACCAUUUUUUCCCUCUUUUCCGUGUCACACCGUAUAAAUCCUUUCUUUAUCUUUGUUUAAAUUUUUACUUUGAUAUUUUAUCAUUUUGACACGGAAUUUUAUAUCAUUCGUUUCUCCUUAUCAAGGAAAUUCAUGUUUUUUUUACGUGAUGCCGUAAGCUUUUUGUGGGAAACUACGUUUUCAGGAGCGACGUGAAAAACACGUUUCGCAAUAUCUUACGAUCCACGACUCGACGUAUGUUCUUGUUUUUCGAGUCGAGUCACUCUUUUAAAAUAAAUUUUCUUCCUCUUUUUUUUUUAUCCCAAUAUUCUUACGUUAAAAAUUCGAUAUCGCAACGAAGGUCUAAUUAAUUAUUAUUAUACAAGGGAAUGGAUGAAUAUCUAUCGCAAAUUCCAGCUGUACGAACCGUUUAUCCCUCUAUUCAGUUUUAGAUAAAUACACUUUUUUUCAUAUGAUAAUCAGAAAAUGAAACGUAAAAAAAAAAAAAGAAAAAAAGAUAUCAUGAGACAUUAUCGUUCGUAUCAUAUUGACGUUAUACACAAGUUCUAACGAUCAUCUCGGAAGGCUGUAAUCGGUACAAAAGUAGCCUCGGUAUGAAAGAAAUUUUCGCUAUCGAUCCAGUGGCGCAUCAUCGCUGGUUGUUGGUUCGGUAUGCAAAUUUUCAAGCUCGUUUCACGUGAUCGUCGAACGUCGAGAUGAAAAUUAGCAUCGAAGGAAUAAUUUAUAACACGUAUUAUAUACAAAUGCACAAAUGUCGAUAGGUUUUGUUUGUUGUUACUAACCACUCGUCCAAGUUGGUAGAUCCGGUGAUUCCCGGUUAUCGUUUGAAAAAUAGCAUGAGGUCAAGCGUUUGUCGAUAAACUUUGGUCAUAACACGGGCUUCGAUGUCAGCCGCAAUGUUCUCCCUGGUCCGGUUGUAUCCGGAAUGCCGAUAACUCGACCCCGUUAGUGCGGUUCCCCACUGAUUUUUCGCGAUCCGGCUCCUUUCCCGGAUCGCUGUUCUCGUCGUGUCUCGUCGCGGACAGCGAGCAGAAACUACAAAGUCGAGGGUCAACGAGCAAUUCUCGAUUACGGUUCGCUGUACCGAGGCUACCGCCAACACGACGCGACGUCGUUCGCAAUGCUGCGUGCACCGAUCUCUCCUGAUAUCCAAUUUAUUUUCUACGAAAACGUAUUUUAUUUUCUCUCCUUUUUAAUAAUAUCGCUAAUAUUUUUCACAAGGGGGGAAAGGGAAAGGAAGAAUUUAAUUGUCAGUCGUAAAAAGGAAGAAAAAUAACGAACAAAUAACGUAAAUUAAUAUCUGAACGUGUAUAUAUUUUUACAAUAGAAAUUACAAGUUAAUGAGAAAAAGAAAUUCAUUAUUUCGUGUUGGGUAUAAAUCGAUCCUCGAUCAAGCAUUUUAAAAUUAUGAUUUCGUAUUCGGCCUCGAAAUAUUCGAAAUACGAAGAGGUUGAAGUUACGUCGCGCAAAAAGCUACGUUUAAAAACUAUGUUUGUUGUAAUCUAUAACAACGUUUGUUGUAACGAUAUUAGACGGUAAAAAAUUUGAAAAAUAUAUUAUCAUUAUCUAUAAGAAAGCAAGGAAGAACGAUAUGAAAUAUAUCAAUCGGAAUUAAUUUAUCAUCUAUAUAGAUAUUAGAACUCGGUGAAAUACAAGAUCGGAAUCGCGUGAGUAUUUGGCUGUACUCCAUAAUUACAAUUUCGCGUGGCACCGAUGAAAAAUAAUUUAUUCUAUCGCGUCACGUGCGUAGCUAGUCGAGUAUCUGGUUCAAGGCAGUAUUCUGCGUGCUCCACGGCUAGAAAAAAGCAUACUCCUCGUGCCUCGAACGUGAUUUUUUUCUCGCGCUAAUAUCGCGUAGGAUACACGGUACGAAACGUGUGCAAUUCCAAUGUUUUAGAAGAAGGAAGAAAAAUGAUAUGGAGGAGAAUUGGUGGCCAGGUUUUCUCUAUGAAACGUGUUUCCUCACGUGUUGGGCGUUAUACAUCGCUUUUACAACACGUGAUCAUCGAGCGCGUCGUCAUCAUCGAGCGACAUCUCUCUCCUCGUUAAAGGAACGUAAGCGCCGUCGGCCGUACAUCGCAGUCGUGGUUGUGCCAUAUCGCAGCACGCAUACCGGGUUAUGAACGUCGCAUCGUUCGAAUCGUAUCGCUGUCUCGUACUAUCGAUCGUCGAUUAUUCGUCUAUUUUGGAAAAUAUUCGUUUCUUGACAACAGUAUGAACGAUUCUCUGUUGUUUCUUCGCGCGAUAUAUCGUUAAUAGUCAUAAUAGACCGAUCGUGAAGCGACGAACGCUUUUACUUCGAGUGGAUAAUAAAGUAACGUGCGUCAAGAUUCGAACGUUAGUGACGUGGUCGAAAAGGGGACGAUAUCGAGGCGCGUUUCUAGGAAACGUUUGAACGUGCCACUUACAGAAAUAUUCUUGGACAGAUAUAGGAUAUAUCGUCUCUACCGUUUCUAAUUAAAUUGCUAAGAGGUCUUUUUAUAUCGAAGAACAAUUCGAAGAAGUCGUUAGAGCGUGAUACUUGGAAGAGGAAGUAUAGAAGAAUACAACGUAUCGUUUUUCGCGCGUUUUUCAUCUUGGAACACGAUGGUGACGCAUAGCAUGGACAACAUUUUGAAUAUGCAAUAUUACCCUACGAACAGUCAAGUCGAUGCGGUACCGCAAUCAUCGCCGUUGAGGAAGAGACGUUGUUUGAACAAAGAGCAAGAUCCAAUGUCUCAUAGGAUCAUCGAGAAACGAAGAAGAGAUCGUAUGAAUAAUUGUUUGGCCGAUUUGAGCAGACUGAUACCGGCCGAAUAUUUGAAGAAGGGUCGGGGAAGAGUGGAGAAGACAGAAAUUAUCGAAAUGGCUAUUCGGCAUAUGAAGCAUCUUCAAGGUCUUCGACAAGAAUCGAAGCAUCCUGCCGUGACGUCGGUACACGCGAUGCAUCCCGAGGACAGCGUGGAUAGCGUCUCGCAUUCGACUGUCGCCUCUACCGCGGCGGAACACUACAGGCUGGGUUUCCAAGAGUGUUUAAGCGAAACCAUGCAUUUUCUCGUCGAGGUCGAGGGUUUUUUCGCCAGGGAUUCUUUGUGCGUCCAACUGAUCAAUCAUCUGCAACAACAUUGCGAAAAAAUCUUAGCCACUAGUGACAGGCUCGGGUUCCCUCAUCCCGAGAUGCCUACGACGAACGGCGUCGCGAACGGUAGCGGUUAUCCUCAUACCAGCAUUCCCACGAUAUGUCAGCCGAAUGGUCAUUCGGAUCACGGCUCGAGUUCAGGCGUGAGUUCGUUCGGUGAUCCGGAGCGUCCUUUGCGACCAACGAUCGCGAUCCCACCACCGGCGAUCGUGAGCGACGAUAGCAAUCACAGCACGCAUUCGCACAGCACGCCGCCAACCACCGCCUGCAAACCUUCCAACUACAAGUUUAAGAGCUCUAUCAAGCAAAGGUUUUCCGCGGAGAGGAUAAAAUCCAGCCCACCACCUACCACCAGCAUGGAGAAGCCAUCCUCCUCUCACGGUGUGCCGAUCUUUGCUCUGCACGAUGCUGGCUCUUACUACGUCCCGUUAACCGUCGAAGCUUCUCUGUUAAGGCCUCAUCUGAAUUUCAUGUGGGAUACCGGUCCAGACACGGUGCUUCAUCCGGUCACGAUAUCGGUCAAUUUCAACCAUUCGAAUCCGCCGGCAUGGUCGCAUCACCAUAGUCCCACGCACCAACCACAGACAUAAACCACAGACAAUGGCCAGGACCCGAUCUUAUGUCUCUCUCGUUCGUUCGUUCCAACCGUCGAUACGUGCGAUAUAUACUUUUUUUGCAUCGUACGCCGCUCAUGUUCGAGAUUCAAGUUUUCGAAGAGGACGAUGGUGUCGCUCUCGGUGGUGAGAACGAGCGACGACGCGCAAAUCUAUCGUUAUGUUCGUUGUUCCGGGUAAUGAUCGGUAAUAAUCAUCGAAUCGUCGAACGAUUCGUAUCGAGGUUUGUUGCGUUCGAUCGACUCUUCGUAAACGUGAGGAAACGAUCGUCGCAUCGUGAUCCCGAUUAUCAUCUUUUUCUUUCCGGUUCUCUAGCUAUUAAAUAAUAUCCGAGGAACGUUGGUAUAGCGUGUUUACCGUUUUACGAAAAAAAAAAAAAAACGAAGGUCGAUGAGGAUCAUUUUUCCUUUUUUUCGUAUAUAUAUAUAUAUAUUUACCGAGGCUGUGGGUUGUCUUAGCAUUUACGAGAUAUUGAGAGAAAGUGCGAUAUAGAAGAAGUAUCGUUGAUAGAGAUAGAGUAUUAGGGCUUGAUCGAAGCCCCGGGUUGCUUUAGCUUCGGUAUGUUUUUUUUCCCCUCCCCUCUUUCGUCGAUGUCGUCGCAAUCGAAACCCGUUUUUCUUUCCCUCUCUCUCUCUCUCUCUCAUUUUCUUUCCCUUCUUCUCUCCUUUUCUCAUCUCAACCUCUGUUUCCUUCUAUCCUCUUUCAUCCUCUGUUUCGUUCUUUCCUUCGCUUUAUUAUUUUAUUUCUUUUUAUUUUUCGGCUGGGCAAAUGUGUCGCGCGAUGAAUCGAAAAUCUCAAGUUUGUGUAUGAUUAACAGUGGACGACGAAAGUUUCGUCGAUGCAAACGAUUUUGCCGAAUCUAUCGUAUCGUGUAAAAAAAUAUCAAUUUUCCGCACGAGUGUCGGAAGCCUGGAUCGUCCGCAACACGUUCGAUCGGCCGACGAAAUUCCGUUUUUUGAAGCUAGCCGACAAAAAGUGCCUACAAUAUUAUUGAGUUACAAAUUCCAUUUACGUGAUCGUUCCACGUGUGUGGAAGAAGAAAGUGAUUUUCCUUUUCCGCGGAUAAUUUUGUGUCACGUUGUGAUCGCGAAAGAAGAUCGAGUUUGUUCGGCGUCCUGAAAAACGGGCCUCGACAAUUAAAGACUGAUCAAGACCUGCAUUACACUAAAUUCUUAUAAGAUCAUUGCAUUAAAUAUAUAUAUAUAUUUAUACAUACUACGUCUAGUUGUAACGUUAACGAAGAAUUUAUGCGGAAUAAAUUAUAUUUACCAUA